AUGGCAACCUACGGAAUACACAAAGCAGAUGUGAAUUUUCCUGCUGUCCACGUUGUCGCCUUCGAUGCAGAGGUCGACUCUGCGCAGCUCAAGGUGCAAAAGGCAAUGGAACGGUUUCGUGAUCGCGGUCAACACACGGUUGAAACCUUCCUGAGACGCAUCAGCUUUGAGCAGCUCUGGCGCUUUCUCUGGUGGAGCAGCUGGUGGAGCACAGCAGAAAGCUUGCUGCAAAAGCUGCAAGGAGCUGCUCCCAAAGGAUCUGAUCCUCUGUGCCUACUCCUUGACGAAGAGGUCGCAGAAGGUACAUCGCAAGGAGGAGGCUUCACGAAGGAGGACCGAGGUUCGCUGCGAGAGUGCAUCGAAGAGGAGUUGAAGGAGUGGUGUCCAUCAUGGUGGCAGUUCCGGCAGGCGGCCGGCAAGUGGUUUAGCCAGGACAGAAGAGAGCAUCACUCUCAAGAUCCUAGCGACUCAGAGGGCCAGGAGCAGGAUCCGGAGCAGGAGCAGGCUUGCGUCUGCACCUUGAUGGAGUGGCGGUCGCUGCUUGAAAGCCUGGAUACCCGUGGCCGGCUGAUGAAAGCCGUGAAGCUUGGCUCCCGAGUUGUGGAAGCAGGUUGGAUCUUACGGGACGAGUACAUCCGAGAUGCUGAAAUCCCCGCACUGCCGCUUUGGCUCACCUUCGACAACGAGGACGAAGCCGACCUGGAUCUGCAGCGUGAGCUCGAAACGGAGCGGCUCGCGAGCGUGGGGGAGGCGCGAGCAAACCAAUCCUGGCAGCUCUGGGAUGAUAUGGUGGAUCCAGAGCCCAAAUGGCAGCACUUUUACCUCACGUGGCUUCCGCGCGAGGAGGUUGAAGACCACCUUGGGAGCCGCGCAAGGCGAAUGUUCAACUCAGACCUCCACGGCCUGAGCUAUCGGGAUCGAGCAGAGUUGAUCGUUGAGCAAAUCCUGGAGCAAGCUUUGCAGUGCUCCUGUGAGCUGGACGUCGCUUGCAAGGAGUUGGAGGAGGUCUGCGCCAAGGACGAAGCAAACGAGAUUGAACUCGGCCGCAGAGCCUUGGAACACCAUCGAGUCAUUGGCAUGACGGUUGUGGGCGCCUCGAUCCACUUCUCCCUGCUGGCACAACUGAAGCCCGAGGUGGUUUUGGUUGAGGAAGCAGCCGAGGUUCUGGAGCCACAAAUUCUGGCAGUUCUUGGCCCAUGGGUCAAGCAGCUGAUCAUGAUCGGAGACACAAAUCAGCUGCCGCCGCAGAUCGAGACAUUUAAACUGAAGCGGGAGCACCACUUCGACGUGAGCAUGAUGGAGCGCCUGAUUCUGAAUCGUUUGGAGAGUGUGCAGCUGUGUAAGCAGAGUCGAAUGCUUCCCGAUCUGCGAUCCCUUCUGCAGCCGAUCUAUCCAGAUCUGUGUGACAAUGUAAAGAUGACGAAAGACUUGAAGGCACCGGAGUGUGUUGCAUCGCCUGUCUUCUUCUGGGAUUGUGGAGAUCCAGAAGCCCGUAUCGACCGCAGUCUCGUGAACGAGUCUGAGUGCGACCGAGCGGUUCGCUUGGCCGCUUUCUUCAUCUCCGAGGGUUUUGCCCCAGGCGAAAUCACCCUGCUCGCCCCUUAUGCUGGGCAAGUUUCCUUGCUGAAGAAACGACUGGCGACAGAGCUUCCGGAGUUGGUCCACACGCAGCCAAAGGACCUCCCGGUGGUGAGCUCGGUUGACAGGUAUCAAGGCGCAGAGAACUCCAUCGUCAUUGUCUCCUUGGUCCGAUCAAAUCCAAAUCGCAAGCUGGGCUUUUUGGGCUGGGACGAUGGAAAGCGACGGAUGUGCGUGGCACAGUCUCGAGCCAAGUGUGGCCUCUACUUUAUUGGUAAUGCCCACUGCCUGCGGAAUGCGCCGCAUUGGGGAAAGUUGCUGGAGCUGCUUGCGCAUCGAGGAGCUAUUGGACGCAAGUUCCCUCAGCGAUGCCGAACACAUCGUGAGAUCCGCAAGGAUGCCGAAGAUGCUUCUGGUUUGUGGAUAAAGGGCUGUAUCCACACCGAGCAGUACCUGAUCGACGUGCAGAAGAUCAUGCAGAUGGGAGUCGCUACGAAGCCGGAUUUCAAAGGGAGGAAGGACCAAAUCAAAGUCACGCGAGAGACGAGGGUGCAGAUGAAAGACCUUCCCAUGCUGCUUUCCGAGAUAGGCUACGAAGAGGUAGCCUCCGAAGUCAUGCAGGAGUGUGCCUCCCUCGUCCAUCUCGUGGAUUUGGAUGCAGCCCGAGGCUUGCCGAAUAUCUCGCACACCUUCUCGCCCGACGGUAUCUAUGAGUUCAUGGAGCAGCUUCGGGCAGCCCACGGCUUCACCCACUCGGAGCGGGUCCCGAUCUCGGAUAGAUGCUAG